AUGGUAACUGCACGUCGUAUUCUUAAGAUGAUGAAGGAGGGUUCGGGAGGACUCGCGGGUCCGUUGAUGAAACUUCCAUCGGAUCAAGAAGCCCCGCAAAGGUCAAAUACAGGAAAUUCACGAAAAAAAGAAGACACAUCGUCCGAUUCCGGUCCGUGUGAUGAGGGUGAUGAUAAAAAUCUUCGGAUUAUUAAAGGAUCAAGGGGGGUGGAAGAUGAGACGUUGAUGCACGAUGUUCUCGUUACCGUCCAAGAAGAGCAACAAAUAUUAAAUGAAUCGGUCACGGGCGAAUGUGCAGAAAACGCAAAUGUCACCCACCAUAUGAUUCCUGGAUAUUCCGAGGGAACCUACGAACCAUGUAAUAUGAAACUUUGUGUAUUGGAUGCCAGAAGUUACACUGCCGCUUUAUCAAAUGGGUACCAAGGCGGUGGGUACGAAAAUAUGGAACAUUAUCCUCCAAACUCAACCCUUCAGUUUCUUGGACUUUCCAAUAUCCACGUUAUCUCAAGUUCUCACGCGUCCUUGUUGCAUGCGAUCAAUAACAACGCGUCUUCACCGAAUUGGUUUUCAGUAUUGGAAUCUACUGGAUGGUUGGGUCAUGUAGCUGAUUUGCUUAGAGCUGCUGGCGGUAAGGAUGGAGUGGUGGGAAAAUUAGUUGACGAAGACGCAAGUGUUUUAGUGGGACUUCAGGUGUUGAUUGAAAAAGAGUGGAUCUCCUAUGGACACCCGUUCCGGUCACGUGACGGUCUCAAAUGUAAUCUUCGGAACAACGAUAACAAGUCGCAUGCAAAAAGCCGAAAAUCCUCGUCUCGUUUCCAGAAAGAGCCGCCAUAUUUGACUCCUUCGCCGGCGCCCGUAUUUCUUUUAUUUCUUACCUGUCUUCAUAAUCUUCUGCAACAGUUCCCAUACUCAUUCGAGUACAAUGAUUUCUUUUUAUUAUGCCUUGCUCGAGCUGCUGGCGGUAAUUCUCCGUUUGGUGACUUCCUGUGUAACUCUGAAUUCGAAAGGGAAGCUGUGCAGUUGAGAGAGAGAACCAAGAGUAUAUGGUUUUGGGUCGACGAGCAUAAGCAAUGUUUCAAGAACGCGCAUUAUCAUGGGGUUCUCCCAUACGAUUUAAUUCAUCAUAACGAUCAUAGUACAUGGAAUGAUCAUUCAUGGAAAAAAGAUGUCCUACGACCUGACACCGGAGCUCGAGUGAUUACCUUAUGGUCCGAAUAUUAUUUUCCAAAGGAUGAUUACUCGAUCGCUCUAUUGUCGGCGCCUCCGGGCACAGACAUCUCGAUCUUUGAUAGUCUAACACAUCAUCCGUAUCAUCUUGACGAAUUUCCCUCCGAGUAUUACCUCGUUAGCCUGUUCACAAAAAGGAGAAAGAGAAGAAUUGCAGAGAAAGUUUGGACAGUGUGGCGCUCGUUCGUUCUGGAAAAGAAAGAGAAUUCGUCGAAUCCGAGUUCGAAGAAAAAUGAUGGUGCAAGGAAGUCUGAAUGCGAAGACGACAAAUGGGAUGUCCUUGGCGGAUCAGAAUUGAAGGAAAACGAAUUGAGAGUCCCUUUAUCAAAUGAUGAAAGCGAUGAUAAACGGGACAGAAGAUCGCAAUUUUCUUUGGCUAUACCUCAAAAGAUCAUUCACGAGAUGCAACUAAAUACUUCUCUUUCAUCAUCCCCUUCAUCGGCAAGCCCUUCGACAUACUCUCCUUUCAACGAUUACCUGACGACCGAAGAAGACGAUACGGAUAUAGAAGAAGAAGCAAAGUUGAUGCUAUCCAGCGAACUUUAUGACGGUCAACUUCUCGAAUGGGUUCAUCUCUCCAGCCAAGAUAACGAUGACUCCAACACCACGAAAAUUCUAACUAAAUUACUGAAGGAAGCACAAAUGGAUGAGCAUUAUUCCUAUAAGAAUAUAGUUCCUCAGAAUGAUCCUCUCACGGAAUUAUUAAACGGGGUGCAAUUGGAUCAAGUCUUUUGCCAAAGUUUUUGUCCUGACACCGAGACGAUGACCGAGAUGCUAAAAGAGGCUCAGUCUGACAAUCCCUAUUUGACGCGAACUAAUGAUUCUGGGAAAUCAAAGGUUCCAUGUUCCUCAUCACCAUCUUCGACGACGCGUAAUCUCAAAAACUCGAACUCUUCUCGUGUAUCCACGGAGAAUAAUUGUAAUAAUCUCAUCUCUGAAAAAAAAUUUUUAAAUUUGAAUAAGUUUUCGUCAUCUGAAUUUUCGAAGCCGCUUAUUUUCAAUUACGCCGACAAUAAUAGUAGUUCAUCGGAUCUCAGCAGCGAAUUUGUGUUUGUGUGA